AUGGACGUGGAACAAGUGCCAACAGUGGAAACGAAGGAAAAGUGCCUGUGGAAGGCGAAGCUGGCGCAGGAGGCCAACCGGUUUGAGGACAUGGCCCGGUACAUGAGGCGGGUGGCCGAGUGCGGGGAGCCCAUGACCAAGGACGAGGACAACAUGCUGGCUGUGGCGUACAAGCACGUGCUGGACACGAAGCGCUCGUCCAGGCGGACACUGGUGACGGUCGAGCAGAAGGACGGCAUCGCGUCGUGGGAGGCCGAGGUGACCCGCAAAUACCGCACGCGCGUCGACGACGAGCUGCGCGCGCUGUGCACCGAAGUGCUGUCCGUGGUCGACAGCUGGCUGACGUCCGAUCGCCCAGAGACCGCGGACCCGGCCACCGGCGUGUUUUACUGGAAGCUGUGCGCCGACUACAACCGGUACGCGGCCGAGGUGAUCGACGACCCUGAUGACCGGGCCACGGUGGUGGCCGUGUCCAGGGCCGCUUACGAGCGGGCCGACCAGUUGGGCCGUACAUCCCUCCGGCCCAUCGACCCGAUCCGGCUCGGACUCAUGCUCAACUACUCCGUGUUCCUGUACCAGGUGUGCCAACAGCGGCAGCAGGGCCACGACGUGGCCAAGCAUGCGUUCAACGAGGCCUUGUCCGAGAUAGACGCCAUCGACGAUACCAUGUACGACGACUCGACGCUCAUCCUGCGGCUCAUCCGCGACAACCUGUCCAUAUGGAUCCAAGAGAACGGAGGCGAAUUGUACACCGCGACCACUGAGGACCAGGCGGUCGUUGCAGUGGACCCGCAGCAGCAGGUGUCGACCGUGCCGGCGGAAGACCUAGUGACUACGGGCGCGGUCGUCGCUUCCACCGUUCUGCUGUCGCUGUCGCCCUCGGCCGUCAACGUCGAAUCGCAGCUUGACAUCGAUCGCCAAUCGUUGCAGGACAACAUUGAUUAA